GCAGUGCUCAGACCCUGGACAGGCUCCUCCUCCUCCACCCUGCAUUGCAGUGCUCAAAACCGAACAGUCGCCAUUCAAAUUCACACAGUCGCCAGAACAAGAACAGCUUUCAACCGGACAUAAACAGCGCAGUCAUGCUGUACCUCGCUUUGUUUUUCAUCUCCGCAGCCGUCGCCACCCCUCUGUUGGGUACUGAACAGUGUGCCCGUGGUCCUCCCUACUGGUGCCACAAUGUGAAGACUGCCUCUAUCUGUGGCGCCGUGGUCCACUGCCAACAGAACGUAUGGAACCAACCCCAGAUGAAAUCUGUGCCGUGUGACCUGUGUAAGGAGGUGUUGAUUGUGGUGGACCAGCUGCUGAAAGACAACGCUACUGAGGGUGAGAUCCUGGGCUACCUGGAGAAGGCCUGUGCCUUGAUUCCUGACAAGAAUCUGUCUGCAGAGUGUAAGGAGCUGGUAGACAGCUACUACCCUAUCCUUAUAGGUAUCAUCACGGGAGAACUGGAGGAUCCUCAGGUGGCUUGUGGUGCCAUGGGGCUGUGUGACUCCCAGCAGGCAGCUCUGGCCAGGCUGGCUAAGCUCAAGUCCAACCAGAUCCCCCAGCUCACGUCCAAUGAGAUCCCCCAGGUAGACCUAGCCCAGAGGGUCGCCCCCUUCCUCCUCAACGUCCCUGGGCUCCUCUACCCUCAGGCGCAGGAUAACACCAAGCAGGAACCUGCCGCGGCACAGGAGUCUGGAGACGUGUGUGAGGACUGUGUGAAGUUUAUCACAGACACUCAGGAGGAGGCGAAGAGCAACUCCACUUUUGUCAACUCUCUGAUCGAGCAGAUCCAGGACCAGUGUGACCUGCUGGGGCCUGGUAUCUCUGACCUGUGCAAGCAGUACGUCAGCCAGUACGCCCCUCUUAUCGUCCAGCAGCUGAUGUCCAUGCAACCCAAGGAUGUCUGUACCUUUGCUGGCUUCUGCUCUGCUGAUGUGAAGAGCUCUGUCCCCAUGAUGAAGCUGGUGGCUGCCAAAACCAUCCCCGCUGUCAAACUGCUUCCUGCCACUAAGAUGGAGGCUGUCAAGCCUGCCACUAAGAUGGAGGCUGUCAAGCCUGCCAUGAACAUGGUGCGUGCCCGUGACUCCCCUCAAUGUGCCAUGUGUGAGUUCAUGAUGAAGGAGUUGGAGAGCAUGCUGCAGGAUGAGAAAACGGAGCAAGAUGUGGUGCGUGCUGUGGAGAAGGUGUGCGCUGUGCUGCCCUCCUCCCUGUCGGUCCAGUGUAAGGACCUGAUUGAGGCCUACGGCCAGGCCAUCAUUGAGCUGCUGGUGCAGGAGGCCGACCCGAAGACUAUCUGCACCGUGUUGGGGCUCUGCAAGGACGCCAGCCGAGCCUUCAUCCCGGUGCUGAACAUGGCCCGGGUGGAGGCGGGUGGGUUCUGUGAGGUGUGUAAGGUGGCUGUGCAGUACAUCGACGGUAUCCUGGAACAGAACGCCACAGAGGCACAGAUCGAAGACGCAGUCAAGAAAGUCUGCAGCUUUGUCCCGGAGACCGUGAGGAGCGAGUGUGACCAGCUGGUUGAGCAGUAUGAGCCCAUGCUGGUUCAGCUCCUCCUGCAGAUGCUGGACCCUGACUUUGUCUGCAUGAAGUUGGGGGUUUGUCCUGAGGCAGUGCAAAGGCUUCUGGGUAUGGAGCAGUGUAGCUGGGGACCCGCCUUCUGGUGCAAGGACAUGGACUCCGCGAAACGCUGCAACGCGGUGGCACACUGCAGGCGUCACGUGUGGGAAUAGAGUGGAGAAGACCUCCCUAAACGGACCCUUUAGGAAAUCAAGGAGAAACACUAGCGCUGCUUUAAGUUUUAAAUCAAUAAAUACAACUUCUUCUUUUUCUUUAAACGUGUGGAAUUUAAUGUUUUUUUUUUUUUUUUGCUCUCGUCUAAAUGAAUUUACCAGGCAGGUUCUGAGAGGAGGGAGUGGACGCCUUUCCAGUGAAUGUGGGGGAAGAGGUGGUAUUGGGGCUUCGAGAGGCAAUCUACCUACCUGACUGUUUAGUUACAGGGACAAACAUCCAAACCGAUACUGUACUGACUAUUUUACUAUUCCUGGGUUUGUGUAAAGCUCUCAUUAGAUUUUCACAUGUUUAAGCCUUGUCCUGGACUGAAACGCACGGAUUGCUUCCUUAGUUCAAGAAACUGGCCCAUUUCAAGUAUGUGAAGCAGAUGGGCGAGAAGAUGAAUACUGCUGUGUCUGUGUGAAAGGGUGCUUGGAUACUUCCAGUUGAGUCUUAGUGGGUCCUUUUGCCCUCUAGUCUACUCGUUGCCCUACCUACUACCAUCCCUCUAGCCUACUCGUUGCCCUACCUACCUAUUGCCCUCUAGCCUACUCGUUGCCCUACCUACCUAUUGCCCUCUAGCCUACUCAUUGCCCUACCUACUACCAUCCCUCUAGCCUACUCUUUGCCCUACCUACUACCAUCCCUCUAGCCUACUCGUUGCCCUACCUACCACCAUCCCUCUAGCCUACUCAUUGCCCUACCUACUACCAUCCCUCUAGCCUACUCUUUGCCCUACCUACUACCAUCCCUCUAGCCUACUCGUUGCCCUACCUACCACCAUCCCUUGCAGUGACGGUAUAUAUCUUAAUUUUCUGGGAUGUUUUCUGUUUAACGAAGUCUCAUUUCCUUAAAGCAGAUUUAAAUCUCUAGUUUGUAGAAACUGUUGAAUUGUGUAGAAUACUUUAGUUUUAUUAUUAAAUUGGGUGGUUCUGAAAUGGUACCUUUGUCCCUAAAGUAGUGCGUUUGAUAUAGGGAGUAAGGUGCCAGUUUUUUUUUUUUUUUGUCGCGACCUGUGUACAUUUUUGUUGCCGUGGGUGACGAAUCCACUUUAGCACCAAGGGGUGUGGUCUAAAAUGUGACUUCCCUGCCCUGUGUCCCUAAUGGCACCUUGGUCCCUAUGGGCCCUGGUCAAAAGGAGUGCACUGUAAAGGGAACGAGGUGCCAUUGGGGAUGGAGACAUCUAACAACAUGCUCAUGUGCACCAUCCCCGUCAAGCCUGUUUUGCAGUGUCCCACUCAGCCAACCAAUGUGCUGACUGACCUCACCCUGUUUAUGCUAAUCAAUGGUUCUAAUGUAACGAUGGAGAGCUUGUUGUGACCAAUAAUCGCUGGCUGACGGCCUCUCUGUUCAGCCUGAAACUGAUCGAUCGGUCAAUUUUUUUUUUUAAUGAUAAUAAUAAAAUGAUCCCAAAUCCA